AUGAACUGCAUGGGCGGAUCCAAGCGCCUUCGAACGCACGCGCCGUCUAGUGGCUGCGACUCCAUAAUCCCCGCCUGCCGCAGCGUGCAACAAUUUCGGAAGCUGAACCGGAUCGAUGAGGGCACAUAUGGCGUUGUAUACAGAGCCUCUGACAUCGAAACUGGAGAAGUUGUUGCUCUGAAGCAGUUGAAGUUGUCGGCGGUCAAGUCUGAUGAUGGGUUUCCGAGCUCGUCGUUACGCGAGAUAUCUUUGCUUUUGGAGAUCCAGCACCCGAACGUUGUGCGUUGCCGUGAAGUUGUGGUUGGAAACACGCUGCAGCACAUUUUCAUGGUAAUGGAGUAUGUGGAGCAUGAAUUGAGAGUUUUGCUUGCCAAACACAGCUUUGCGACAGCGGAAAUGAAAUGCUUGCUGGUCCAAAUGCUUCGUGGGGUUGGACAUCUGCAUCAGCGAUGGAUUCUGCACCGUGACCUCAAAACAUCCAACAUCUUGCUGGACAAGAAAGGGGUCCUCAAGAUUUGUGAUUUUGGUUUGGCGCGGCACUUUGGUGAGUGA